AGGAGGAGGCUGUCUUACUAUGUUCAUCUCCGACUUUGAGAAGACACCAUCUGAACAUUUGAAACUGGGAUGUUUAUUCUCUAGCAUCACUGGAAGUUCCACACACACGCAUGGAGGGGUCAGGUGUGUACGCCAUUGAGUCUUCCCCAAUGAGCAGAACCGUCUCCAUCUCGCCACUCAACUGUCACCUUCCACCUGUAAUCCAGAAGAACUACCCAGGCUCUUCACUGACCAGCUCAAUCUUCCCCAGCUCAUACACUACAUCACCCCUUACAGAACAGAAAGACGUCCCACCCCCAGAUGGGACAGCAGAAUCUCUGACAAAUCAGCCAAUCAACAUUCGAAUGGCGCUUUUAGCCAGUCACCUGAGCGGCGGUGACUGCUUGGACUUCAAGGCUGCCGAGGCCUUGGACAGGCGACUCGACCUGCAGCACUUCAUGGCGGCAGAGCGAGAGCUUCAUCACGUGACACCAGGACGAGAUGACCCCAGAGACGACUCGGUUCGGAACAGGAAGUACCCGUGCCCCUUGUGUGGGAAACGCUUCCGCUUCAACAGCAUCCUGUCGCUGCACAUGCGCACCCAUACGGGUGAGAAGCCCUUCAAGUGCCCGUACUGUGACCACAGAGCGGCGCAGAAAGGCAACCUCAAGAUCCACCUCCGCACCCACCGGCUGGCCCUACAGAGUAAGAGCUUGGGCCACAGUCGAGAAGACAGCCAUCUCCUGCAGGAGCUUGAGCAGCGGGCCAUCAGCAGAGACAAGCAAAUAGAUGGCACAAGCACAGGUGCUAAAAACUACAACUCCCAGGAUGUUCUCAGCGAUGGCCAACCACAACCCUGCUCAGAAUCAACGGUGUCGUCCCCAGACCAUCCAACCCUAUUCCAGCAGCAGCAGCAGCAGCAACAGAGCUUUCGAUGUGGGUUCUGCAAAGGCAAGUUCAGGAAGCAGGAGGAGGUGGAACGUCACAUCCGGAUCUUGCACAAGCCUUACAAGUGCACCCUCUGCGAGUUCGCCGCAGCUCUGGAACAGGACCUGCUGAGGCAUGUGGAGAAGGUUCAUUUUCCACCACCUUCAGCAGCAACCCACAAUCUGAUGGCACCCAGGGAUCUACCAAGCAAGGACCAGCAGCAGAAGCCUGUGGAAGCCUACCCGUGCGAGGUGUGCGGCCAGACCUUCAAGCAGGCUUGGUUCCUCAAGGGCCACAUGAGGAAACACAAGAACUCGUAUGAGCACAGCUGCGGGGUCUGCGGGCGCCGCUUCAAGGAGUCCUGGUUCCUGAAGAACCACAUGAAGGUGCACCUCAACAAGCUGGCUUUUAGGGGGAACCAGCUGGUCCACGGUCGGCACAACACGUACGCCGCCACACACAAGAACCACCAGCAGAACCCGGGCAAAAUGCAGUCGCAGUUCAUCUCCAGGCUGCACAACGAGGUUCUUCUCGCGGUUCUGUCAGAGCGUCAGAAGAUGCUCGCAGAGUCCGGGAUUGAAUUUGACAGCCGAAAGGUGCUGGAGAAACUUCUGUUGCCUGAGGGUGGACAGAAUCACGGUUUACCAGCUGAGGAAAUGCAGCAGUUCGCUAGAGUAACAGCAGCAGAGAAGCCUACACAUUACCAACCUCUGUCCGAAAGUUCUACAAUGAACAACAUGGACAGUGGCACUAAACAGGCAGAGGAACAGGACGUAGAAUCACAUUCGUUCACAGGAAACAUGAAUGUGCCACACAGCAACAUGAACAUGGCAGCAGGCGCAAGCCUCUCAAGAGAUGGAGAAGUAGACUACACCAUAAAAGACUCAACUGUCAAAACUCAAGCCAUGAACGGACACCUCCACGGUACCGGAAGUGGCCAUAAAGCAGGCCUGAGGGGAGCGAUGGCGGCGCUGGCUUAUCGCAGCAGCUCUGGCCUUGAAGCUAAUGAUGCCCGCUGGAGAGGGUGGGUGGGAAGGCCCAGCGAGUGUCCAGACUGCGGCCGAGUCUUCCGCACUUACCACCAGCUGGUUCUCCACUCACGGGUGCACAGGAGGCAGAAGCAGCUGAAGGGAGGAGGUGGAGGAGGAGGAGGUGGAGGUGGUGUUGGAGGAGGAGGAGGUGAGGCUACUGCCUCAGGCUGGAUGCCGAACGGAAGCAGUCAUCCCCUGGACCACCCUUCUCCUCAGCUCCACUCUUCAGCCUUCGGCGAGCUUGGUAAACCAUCAGUGUCCGGAGCAACAGAAGGCAACGGAGCUUUGGAAGAACCCCCCUCAACCGGCGGCGGCCAAGCCUCGCCCCGCUCCCCCGUUCCAUACUCAGCUGUCUCUCAGCAGGUCAGUGUUGGUGGUAAGGAGUGCUCUGUGUGUGGCAAGAGCUUCCGCACAGCCCAGCGCCUCAAGGUGCACAGCAGGAUCCACACAGGUGAGAAGCCUUACAAGUGUCCUUUCUGUGACUACGCCGGCAGCCAGUUCACUUCGCUCAAGUACCACCUCCACCGCCACCACAACCAGUUGCCAGUUCCUCAUCACCAUCGUCACGGAGAUGACCUUUGCCCCUCCAAACCCCACCCAGCUGUAUCCGUCAGGGGCCCUGAAGAAGACCUGCACCCAUCAGAGCCUCAGGAGGAACCCCUCGACCUGUCAAUCAAACCAGAGGGCGGGGCUAAGAGUGACAGCAAGCCUGCAGCCUCUCGCAGUGUCCCGGUCUUCUCCUCCUCUUCCUCCUCUUCCUCGCCCUCCUCCCUUAGAGUGUCAUCCGCACUCCCUUUCUCUUCCCUCGCCUCUGCUCUUUCUGUCUCUACUCCCCUUCCCUCCUUCUCCUCGUCCUCUUCCUUUGCAAACGCCGUCUCUCCGUUCAGCGCCUCUGCUUUGGCGUCCUCUCUUUUCAGCAAAACCUCUCUGGGUUCCCUUGAUUCUGCGUUUGCCCCUCCUCCCCUCACGUCCUCCUCCUCCUCUCCUUUUGCCUCUCUCUUCGCUUCAGGCUCUUCUGUCAUUCCUCCUCCCCCCACUCCAUUCUCCCCUCUCUUUCUCAGCUCACUUUCCAACAUCAUCCCCUCCUCCUCCACCUCCUCCUCUUCCUCCUCCUCCUCUUCCUCCACCUCCUUUAGCAGUUUUCCCCUCUUUCCCGGCUCCUCGGUCAUCACCUCCCACAGGACAGCUGCCCCGGCAGCCUGUGACUCCUUCUAUGACAUCAAGUCCUCUGACAUGGCUCCCUCCUCCUCCACCAUCUGUGUGCCACCUCUACACCACAGCACCACCACGACUUCCCACAUCCUCAGCACCUCCUCCUCCUCCUUCUCCUCCUCCACCCUGAUGCCCUCUCUGUCCACAUCUCCCUUUGCUGGAGCAUCCUCCUUCUCCUCCUCCUCUUCCUCUCUCUCUGCAUUCACGCCCUUCAGCUCUCCGUUCUCUCUGUGCACCGCCGCCUCCUCCCCACCACCCCACCAGGUGGCGUUCACCUCCUCCUCCUCCCCUCCCACUAACCUCUCCACCUCCUCCCCUCCCACUAACCUCUCCUCCUCCUCCUUUGUGGAUCGGGAGGCGGGGAGCGAUGGGCAUGGUGACUAUAAGGGAGAGGUGAGGAGGAUGGCUGCUGAGGAGGUGGGAGGAGGACCAGAGGAGUUGGACACAGAGGAGACAGAGGUGGAGGAGGAGUUCACCUCCCCCUUUAGGGAGCAGGUGGAGGGAGCAGCCACCAGACUCUCUGUAGGCAACCCAGAGCCAGAGCUUAACUCUUGCCGCGCCACAGUCACUGGCCAGGAGCAACUCUCCAGAGAGGAGGAGGAGGAUGCCAGCCUGUUUGGUGGCAUGCAGUCUGGUUCACUGGGUUUGUCUUCUCAAGAGGCUGGUCAGAGCUAGCCAGGCCGUGCCCUCCUAGUGACGCAACACCUUCAGCGUUGCUACUAGUCAGGUCAAGAGCGAUGCAAGUACUUUCUGAGGUCCUGAAAAAAAAAAACGUUUGGGAAAUGUUAAUUGUUAUACUCUUGGUCAGACCAAGUCUCGAAGAGAUUUGAAAGUCGAUGAUAAUCAGGCUAGGCCAGACCACGGUGCCCUGCAGAGACAUGGGGAGCCACCCAGGUGUAUAGCAAUGGCACCCACAUCCAAUGAGGCAGAAGCACUACAGCACUGAUACACCACGUGUGUCUAAAAGAAAACAGAAAAGACUAAAAAACAAAACGUGAUAUCCAUGAUAUCCAAACCAGAUGAGGAAGAAACACUGCUACACUGACACACCACGUGUGUCUAAACAAAAAAAGACUGAAAGAAAAGAUGAUAUUGCAGGUACUUUGUGAAAGAUUAUAGACAUUAUGGUGAUUUAAGAAAUGUAUCUUUAUUGUUAUUGUGGUAAUGAUGACCGUGGUUAAUGUUGAUGGUGAGAGUGGUAUGGCGGGGAUGUGGAGGAGUUGUG